AUGUCCGACCAUGAGUCUUCACUCAACUGGGGCGACGAGUUUUCCUUCCUCAUCUUCGACUACUCACUCGUUUCUGACGAUGAGACAUUGGUUCAACUCUUCCUUGCAUGUGUGAUGGUCAGGCACCAGUCGACCAGGAAAGGAGACGAAGAACAGGAAGUCGAUCCUUCGCGUUGGGUAUACUUCCCCUGGCGGGUUAUGGAGGCCAUCAAGCCGCGUUUCGGUGUGUAUCGGGCAUCUUUCACUUCACUGAGCUUCAGAAUAGGCGGUACUAAAGUGCUUGGUGUAGAAGUUCAAAAUGAGGGCGGCUUUUCAAUCGACCUGAACUCCGAAAGCGCACCCGCUAACCCAGUGCCCAUUCCCGGCGUUGGUCAUCACUUUGAGCAAGGUAAGUGGCUCACCCACCCGCCUCACGACGCCGACCUUCCCUCUCCGCAAGACAGUACAAUGCUGGCCUACCUCCGCGAGGAGUUUGACAAGGGUAGCGCGGUCACCGGCGAACCUUUCAACGUCCGGUACGAGCUAGGUAUGUUCCAUCGGGAUCUCUACCAGCAACUCACGAUGUAUCACUACCGCCGGCUACGCAGCGUCGGCCCCAUCACAAGACAGGUCGUCGCUGCGCGAGCCAACAGCCUGUGGGCGAAUAACCCGUCCCUACGCCGCUUCGAGCAGCAGCACGAGACGGUGCCGUGGGGCGUUCCGGUGCCCUUUCUAACCUUCCAGUUCCUCAACUUUCUCCCGGCGCCCAUCGGGCCCGGUCCGGGACUGGAGCGGUCGUGGGUCAGUCAGUUUCAGAUUGUCUGUAGUCCCGUUGCCCGCAUUGCCUACGUCCGGAUCAAGCCGGGCCGUGAUACUAUGAACGGGAUGACGGUCGAGGAGGCUGAAUGGAUGAUUGGUGGAAUGAGGCUUCUCCACGUGGAGAUGCUGCGUAUCUGGGGACUCUGUCGUCGCCAGCCGAUGUUCUGGUCGGGUGAAGAUUUGGCAGCGUUUGCGCAGGAUGUGUUUGAUGGUGCUGCGGUGAAGGGGAGAGUUCAUCUGGAUGCGAUCUCGAGUGCCAAGGAACACUGGAGGUUUAUCCGAGAGGUGGAAGGUGUUUAA